AUGUCCGUGUCACUUACCUCAUUCUUAUUCGACCACGGGGGCGCAUCUACAUCAAGAACUCCCCACCUCCGCGACAUUCCUUCACAACCACAAACGAAGAUGCCGGUGUUCAGCGGUCUGAAGAAGAAGCUCUCACGGCGAGGAUCAAAUCCGCUCAGCUCGAGCAACUCUCAGACUUCAGCCUCGAAGAGCCCCACCUCCCCAAGCGGGCAUCUAGCUCCUCAGACCAACAAUCCGUUCGCCAGCUCGCCAGCUACGCGUCGUCCUAACCGCUCAGGCAUGAACGCCUUCACGACACCCUCAAACGAGCCGCCACCAGCCUACACCCCAGGACCGGCUAAUACAGGAUCCACGGAGCAAUCCACUAUGGCCGCACCGAACGUCGCCUCUGGAGCAGACGACCCUUUUUCUUUCCUCAAGUCUUUCGACACUAUCUUCCUGAUCGAUGACUCAGGCUCUAUGGCGGGUCGCUCGUGGCGCGAGACAGCCGAGGCGCUCAAGGCCAUCACGCCCAUCUGCACGCAGCGCGACGCCGACGGCAUCGACAUCUACUUCCUGAAUCACCCGGACUCAUCUCUCUACAAGAACGUCACCUCCGCCAGCACCGUCGUCGAGAUCUUCCAGACAGUGCGCCCCGGCAGCGGAACACCCACCGGCCAGCGCCUCAACCAGAUCCUGAAGCCGUAUCUUGCCAAGUAUACCGCUAAGCCCGACUCCACCAAACCUGUCAACAUCAUUGUGAUCACGGACGGUGUGCCGACGGACGACGUCGAGAGCGUCAUUGUUAGGACAGCUAAGAAGCUGGACAAGCUAGAUGCGCCCUCCUGGCAGGUGGGCAUUCAGUUCUUCCAAGUUGGGCGCGAAGAGGGCGCGCGAGAGCACCUGAAGAGCCUGGAUGAUGAUCUGAGAUCUCUCUCGCCUGAUGGCGAUUUGCGGGAUAUCGUGGAUACGGUGCCGUUCACGGGGGAGGAUGGGUCGGAGCUAACGGGCGCCGGGAUUAUGAAAGUUGUGCUUGGGAGCGUGAAUAGGAGGCUCGAUCGUAACUCGAAGGAGUUGCAUCGGCGCUCUUGA